CUGUGGCCGGGGGGGGAAUGCGGGGCAGCGGCCGGGACAGGGCUCGAGGCGGGUGUCGGGGGGCAAAACAACAACGGGAAUCAAAGGGUAUUUUGACGCGAGUCUGACAGGGGAGCGGCCCAGUCGGCUCCAGGGCUCCGACUUUGUGACGGGAAAACAAAAGGCCCCGCCCCCGCCAGGAGACCAGAAUGAAUCCUGAAAAUCCUCACUAUACCCUGGGAAGAAUCAGGUUUCUGAUCGAGUGUAUUGAUUGCUUCAGGAACAGCAAGUCUUUACCAGAAGCACUGUGUUAUGUCCCCAAAGAGGUCUUGUACAAGUUUUGGAAGGACUCCACCUUUUCAAACGCUCCUCCAGGGCGAUCUCAGUACAUUGUUUCAGUCUGGCAACUUGCCUCCCAACUUCAACGCAAGAAACUCUUUGACAUUGAGUCAAAGCGAGGAACCUGUAUUAAAGCCACUGGGGAAGAAUACUGCAAUACCCACGGCCUCUGGGUAAAGCUAAAUCGGGAACAAAUCCAAGAGUACAACAGCAGCUGUGAGAGUACAGAGGGCUGGAUUCUUCUGUGUAAACAGCCUGAAGGAGGUGAACGUCUGGUCCCAGUGGAAACACCUGAAAGACUACAAAGACAGCAACAGCUUUUUGGCUAUGAUUACAAACCCUGUAAAAGGUGGGAGCAGGUGGUUGAUGUGCAAUAUUCAUUACAUCUCGGUGCUAAACCUAAAGUGGCUGACAGGGAUCAGGAUGCGGUACAGAAGCUCAGGUAUGUUCCUCCCACUUGGACUUUUGAAUGUGAUGAAGACUUGGUGCAUUACUUCUAUGAUCGCAUAGGGAAGGAAGACGAAAACUUGGGCAGUGUCAAGCAUUUAGUAGACAGCGUUGAUGUCUCCUCUUUCUCUGAUGAAGCCAACGUAUGGUGUUUGACGGAUGGAGACAAUGACACCUUCUGGGAGAGUGAGGGGAACCAGGGCCACCACUGGAUUCGAUUGUACAUGAAGAAAGGCACCAUCGUAAAAAAGCUUUUUCUUACAGUAGAUGCAACAGAUGACAAUUACAUGCCGAAAAAAGUCCAUGUGUAUGGUGGUGACCGAGAGAAUUUGAAAAAGCUGACUGACCUAAUUGUUGAUGAGACUUUAGUCGGUGACCUCUGUGUUCUAGAAGACAUGAUGGUGCACAUUCCUAUCAUUGAAGUACGCAUUAUGGAAUGUGUGGAUGGAGGUAUAGAUGUACGAAUUCAUGGUCUCAAGAUAAAAUCUUCCAGAGAAAGAGAUUUGGGGUUAAACGUGGAUAUGUUUCAAGCAACAAACCUGGUUCGUUAUCCACGCCUCGAGGGCAAUGAACCAGAUGUGCUGUACAGGAGGGCAGUGGUGAUUCACAGAUUUCUUAAGAUCCUGGACAAUCUGCUUCACCAUCUGGUGCCAGCCUGGGAUCACACAGUUGGAACAUUCAGUCACGUGAAGUAUAUUAAGCAGUUCCUCCUGCUGUCAAAGCGCCGCACAGCCCUCAUCGCUCAGAGUCUGAAAGACUCAGAAACCAGCAAGCCCAACUUCAUGCCCAAACUCUACAUCAAUCGCAGAGUGGCCAUGGAGCACCGAAACAACCCUUCCCUUGACUCCACUAACAAGAGUGCUGUGUUCACGCAGAUGUUUGAAGGUUUGAAGCCUUCAGAUAAGUAUGAGAAACCCUUGGACUACAGGUGGCCAGCACGCUAUGAUCAAUGGUGGGAAUGCAAAUUUAUAUCGGAAGGAAUCAUCGACCAAGGUGGUGGAUUCCGAGACAGCCUCUCUGACAUCUCUGAAGAACUAUGUCCGAGUUCUGCAGAGAGUCCUGUACCUUUGCCAUUUUUUGUCCGCACGUCUAAUCAGGGUAACAGCACUGGAGAAGCCCGGGACAUGUACGUCCCAAAUCCAUCGUGCAGAGAGUUUGCCAAAUACGAGUGGAUCGGACAGUUGAUGGGGGCUGCAUUGCGAGGACGAGAACUUUUGGUGCUGGCUCUACCUGGUAUAGUGUGGAAACAACUGGCAGGGGAGGAGGUGAGAUGGUCCAAGGACUUUCCUGCAGUCGACUCCGUUCUAGUGAAGCUCUUGGAAGCGAUGGAAACAAUGGACAAGGAGACAUACGAGUUUAAAUUUGGGAAUGAACUGACAUACACGACUGUACUCAGUGACCAUUCUGUAGUGGACCUAAUUCCAGAUGGCAGCAACGCCAUAGUUCAGUAUGAAGAUCGUAAGGAGUUCAUUCGGCUUGUACAGAAAGUAAGACUGGAAGAGAGCAAAGAUCAGAUUCAGGGGAUGAGAGCCGGCUUGCUGAAGGUGGUACCUCAGGCAGUGCUCGACUUGCUGACCUGGCAGGAGCUGGAGAAGAAAGUAUGUGGUGACCCGGAGAUUUCAGUGGAAGCCCUCAAACGUUUAACUCGCUUUGAAGACCUGGAGCAGUCUGACACUCGAGUUAAAUAUCUUUGGGAAGCACUGACGAAUUUUACUAAUGAGGAUCGCAGUCGAUUUCUGAGGUUUGUCACGGGCCGAAGCAGGCUUCCUGCCCCUAUAUUUAUUUACCCAGAUAAAUCCGGAUCAGAGAAGACAGACGCUCUCCCAGAAUCCUCUACGUGUUCCAGUACGUUAUUUCUACCGAACUAUUCCAGUGCAAAACUCUGUGAAGAAAAACUGCGAUAUGCAGCCUACAACUGCGUGGCUAUAGACACAGACAUGGUGCCCUGGGAGGAGUAAUGUUUGUCAUCUACUAACAUCUUUUGUCAAAAAAAUGACAAUGAAACCGACUGAAAAGUCAUGCCUACUUACUGCUGAUUUAUUUUUUUGCAAAUGCCAGUUAUUAUAAUAAAAAUAAUAAAUAAUCAUUGAAUUUGAUAUAACGCCUUAUCACGUCUUCAAGAUGUCGCAAAGCGUAUCGCUGAAUAUACUAUAAAGUGUAGUGAUUGUACUUUGUGGGCGAAACGUUAUAGGAUUGAGAGAGGUCUCGUGUUAUCUUUCCCAUCUUUUGCUAAUUCUUGGGUGAUAUAAUUACAGCCAUUCAACGUUUCCAAUUCAAAAUAAAAAUAUGUGUAUAUUGCAUUUCAGAUCCAAGUGCUUAAUAAGAGAGAGUCAUACCCUACGCCCCCUUUAUCUUUUCCUUCAGAGCUGCUGAUCCUGUACAGCAAGUUAACAUUCUUGGGCUAUGCCACUUUUUAGUAAAGUUCUUAGGUCAAACAAUUCUCACCAGGGAGGGGAAUGUGGGCCAGAUUGUCCUGGCAGCUCUGAGCAGCUGGUUACAGAUAUAUUGGCACCUCCUGAAGAGAAGAUUGUGUGGCCAAAAAGCAUGCAGUGAGUGGGUGGAAUGGGAAGGAAAUAAUUAAUUGAAAUUACAUUUAUACCGACAUUAUUGAGUGGUUACUAUCAGUGUACAUAUGCUUCAUGUUGUGUUUCACUGAGAGGGAUGGGGGCAGGGGGAAGACACUUAUCUUUACAGCUUCGUAUUUCCGAUUAAUGCAAGCAUGCUUCAAGUGAUAUUGUGCUGUAUUCAUAAGAAUGGACUUGAUUGAAGUUGUGCAAAUAUCAUACCCCAGAAGCAAUAAACUUGCAUUUUCUGGGCUGUGCUAUGAGUCUUCUCGUACCCCAGAAAAAAUACUUGAUUUAAAUUUUAUUUCUGGCACAGUACGCAGUGCAGUCUAGCAUUGCUAUUUGGUGCAUUCAGGUGUAGAGGUGCUUUAUGACCCACAAGAGAUUUGAUUUUGCACUGGUUGUGGGUUCACUCUUGUUUGUAAAGAAAAAAAGUCCUUAAUCAUACAGCUAUACAAACACUAUAUAGUCUUAUACAUUUGUGUUAAAUAUACACAGAGCCAUUUCUGUGAAAACACCAGAUGAAAAUAAAACAAUUUAUAAAACCUCA